AUGAUCGAAAAUAAGGCUUGUCAGGGUCCAAAUUUACAGAAGAAGCGAAUUGUGGCUCCAUUCUCGAUGUCAGCUUAUCAGAAAAAUACUAUGGUUUUCCCACCAUCCAAGAUUAAUGUCUAUGAAGAGAGAAUGACUUACACCAGUAAAUUCCGAGUACUGUACUUGAGAGGUGACAUCCCAUGCGUUCGUUCGUACUGCAAGAAAGACGAAGGAUCAUUUAUAUCGUGGAAGGUUGAUUCGCUGAGGGAUUUAGACUAUUCUUAUUAUUUACCGAUAUUUUUUGACGGAUUAUGUGAGGCUGCAUUCCCAUACAACUUCAUCGCUCGAUACGCUAUACACGAUUUGUUGAAUGCCGCAAGCGAUAAAAUUCUACCCGUGAUUCCAAAACUCAUAAUUCCGAUUAAGAAUGCUCUAAAUACCAAAAAUUGUGAUAUUAUAAUGACAACAUUACGAAUUAUUCAUCACAUGUGCAUUUGUGAUCCAUGUGUUGCCGAGGCACUGGUUCCAUUCUAUCGACAGUUACUUCCAACAUUUAACUUAUUUCGUGACUUUAACUCGAAGCUUUCUGGUGGAAUCGAUUAUGAUCGCAGUGGACGAGUUGGGGACGUCAUUGAUGAGACUUUAUCAGUUCUUGAAGCUUAUGGAGGUCCAGAUGCAUUUAUAAACAUCAAGUACUGUAUCCCGACGUAUGAAAGUUGCGCAAAUAACUGAAUCAGUAAUCAGUUCUGCCUGAACGGAUAAAUAAAAGCAC